UUCAAAUGCCUCCUAUAAAAGGAGAUGCAGUAGGAGGAAGAUAGCAUGUACAAUAACACAAUUGAACAUUAUCAAGGAUAUUGUAGGUGGCAUCAUGUCUCCUUCUCCUCCUCCUUCUGCUUUACUUGUUCUACUGCUACUAGUGUUUGUCGCCGUCGUCUGCAAGGAAACUACGCAUGCCUCAGCUUUGAAUGCUGCUACUACAAUGGGAGUAUCCCUGCAAAAGUUGGAGAGGAUUCAAAGAUUCUUGGAGAAGAUAAAUAAACCUGCUGUAAAAUCCAUUAAAGGUCCAGAUGGAGAUAUCAUCGACUGUGUUCUUAUGAACAAGCAACUAGCUUUUGAUCAUCCUCUUCUAAAAAAUCACAAAAUUCAGAAAGUAGCACCCAAGAGGCCGGCUUCGCGGUCCGAAGCUGGUGACCAACAGCCGAGAAAUAUUGGAACCGCGAGAAGGGCUUUGCAGGCAUGGAAUAUUCUUGACAACUGCCCUGACGGAACAGUGCCAGUGCAGAGGACGACAGUGGAGGAUGUGUUGCGCGCCGGAUCUCUGUCUCGCUUCGGCAAGAAGGAAGUUCAUCAACAACUUGGUGCCACGAAACAUGAGUAUGCAAUAACUGAAGCCAGCCAAGAAGCGUAUGGGACUAAGGCGAUAAUUGACGUCUGGAAUCCAACUCUCCAACAAAAGAAUGAGUUCAGCCUUUCGCAGAUCUGGCUUACCGCAGGAUCGUACGCCAAGUCGAAUAUCAACACUAUUGAAGUUGGAUGGCAGGCUUACCCUGACUUGUACGGAGACAACAAAACCAGGCUAUUCAUCUACUGGACGAGCGAUGCAUAUGUCACCACGGGGUGCUACAACUUGAAGUGCCCAGGAUUUAUGCAAACAAACAAGCAAGUAGUCCUCGGAGGACCGAUAGCCCCAGUAUCGACGUACAGUGGCAAACAAUCUGAAAAAACUUUUCAUGUGUGGAAGGAUCCAAAUAGCGGCAAUUGGUGGCUCAGCUAUGACAAUAUUGAUGUUGGUUACUGGCCAGCUGCGAUCUUCACGGAACUCGCGAGCAACGCCACUUCGGUGCAAUGGGGUGGAGAGAUCGUGAACCAGGAGGACAACGGGCAACACACGACGACCGAUAUGGGAUCGGGCCACUUCCCGAAGGAAGGGUACGGGAAGGCCAGCUACUUCCGCAACGUUGAGAUCGUCAAUUCCACUAAUGGCCUCAUCCCACCCCAGUCUGUCCGCGCCUUUGCAACGAACCCCUACUGUUAUGAAAUUCAGACCUCCGUCAACGCGAGCUGGGGGUUUUAUUUCUUCUACGGUGGCCCGGGCAGAAACCCUAACUGCCUUUAAUGCGAGAAUUCAAAAUAUAUACUACGCUCUCCUACUGAAAAAUGUUAUAGAUAUAAAUAAGAGGAGCGAUUUGGUUAUGUAUUAUUAAUGAUGAGUCAUAAAAGUGAUCACAAAACUGCUCUACAAUAUAUAGAUGCUGUAUUUUAUAUAUAAAAUGUUAUAGAUAUAAAUAAGAGUGAUUUGGUUAUGUAUUAAUGAUGUGUCAUAAAAGUGAUCACAAAACUGCUAUACUGUAGAUGCUGUAUUUGAUGUAUAAAAUGUUAUGGAUAUAAAUAAGAGUGAUUUGAUUA